AAUUUUUGUAUCCUACGUGUUCACAUUGGACAGGUAGGAUAUAAAACUCACCGUUUUGGACCAUCCAACAUGGUGAGUUUGGCUUAAACUUGAGGGCAUCUUUUUUGAAACCCAUCACUUGCAUAUGGUCACAAAAAAAAAAAGAACAUAGAUAAACCUCAAGCGCUGAACCCACUGAUGCAGAACCCACCGACGCAGAACCCGUCGACGACAGAACAAUCGGCGACAGAACCCACUGGAGACAGAGGCCACCGGCGACAGUACCCACCGGUUAAAUCACUCAUUCCGGCGUCACUUUUUCGGCUAGGGUUCCGUCAAAUUACAAGAUUUUGAAUCGAAAAAUCUUGUUUCGACGAAGUUAUAUAUUGUUAGGUUCAUAUUAUAAGAUGAACAUGAGAAAGAAUGAUUUCGGGGAAGGAGACAAUGAAAGCGAAUUCUACGAUAGGAAGAUGAAAAAGAAUGAACAGUCAAUGUCGUCGGUAUCUAUAAUAUCAUCGGUCAAAGAGGAUAUGGAACCUGUGCAGUGUAGGUGCGGACUUACAAGCCCAAUUAUAACAUCCACUACUAUAAAAAAUUAUGGGAGGCGAUUCUAUGGGUGUGCUAUGUAUGACCGUAAAAAGAAAGUUGGCCAAUGUCGUUUUUUCCAAUGGUAUGACGAAGAAACCUGUGCUUGCGGAAGGGAGGUCCUACCUGGGCUGUAUAAACAAGUUCAUUCCCUGAAAGGUGAAGUGUGACUUAGGGGCAAACUAAAGAUCCAAACAUAUAUGUUGGUUUUUUUGUUGGUGAUUUGUGUACUGUUGAUUUGUCUAAGGUUGAUGGGGCAUUGAGGCAUGGGAAGGAGGCAAAUAGAUUAUUAUGAGUGGAAUUAUCUAUCUAUUUUGUUGUUGUCAAGGAUA